UUACUCCCGCCAUGUAACGCUCCUCAUCGCCGCGCCUCUUUCGUAAUUUACGAUUUAUAUGAAUUUUGAAUUUUCUUCAUCCUUUUCCCUAUCUUCAAACCCUUCCACUUUAAACUAAGAUAAACUAAGAUUUUUUUUUUCAAUUAAUUAAAAAAAAACUGAGAAAUUUUUAGGGUUAGGGUUUCAAUGGGGAGCAAGGUCACCGACCCCAAUCUCUCCACCGUCCGAUCCAUCGUCGGUUCCGAAUUCACCGACAUGGAAAUCAUCAGAGCCUUACACUUGGCCAAAAACGACGUCACUUCCGCCAUCAACAUCAUCUUCGAUACUCAACGAGUUUCUCUUCCAAAAUCCACUCCACGCGCUUCCAACACUCAACGAGGUUCUCCUCCGAAUUCAACCCCACGCGCCGUCGUCCCAGGCGCUGUCACUGCCACUGCCACCUCCAAGAGCAACGCUAAUGCAGAAAACAAUAAAUGCUCCGUCGAAUUGGAAUCCAAAGAUUGGUGGUUUGUCGGUUCAGGCGAAGUGGCGGGGUUGUCCACUUGUAAAGGGAGGAAUAUAAAAGCCGGUGAUAAAGUAAUUUUUAAGUUUCCACCCAAGAAGGUUUCGGUUUCGCCGUCUCCGGGAAAAGGUUUCGGUCGAGCAGCGGCAAGUUGUUCUGAGAUAGUGAGAUUUUCUAAUGAACAAGAUUGGGAGAUUGGUAGAAUACCGAACGAAUGGGCUCGAUGUUUAUUGCCAUUGGUGCGGGAUAAUAAGGUUAGGGUUGAAGGGAAAUGUGAAUUUGCGCCUAAUGUGUUGGGUAUCAUGGAUUCUAUCAAUUUGUCAAUCAGUGUCUUCAUCAAUAGGUCAAUGUUUGUUAAGCAUCAUCAGGUUUCUCUUAAGGAUGCUACGAAUUCGACAGAUGAAUCAGUGUUUCAUCCUCUUCCAGCCCUGUUUCGAUUGCUUGGCCUGAGCCCUUUCAAGAAGGCAGAGUUAACUCCUGGCGAUUUCUAUUCCAACAAGCGUCCUUUCAGUCAAACGGCCACAUUACUACAUGCCAAGUCUGAGCAUCCUUCUCAAAAUGGUAACGAGAAUGAAGACGAGGAUUCUGUUUCUGAAUUUGAUCUUGACAACAUUGUUGGUGUUGCAUCAAGUUCAGAGUUAGAGGAAAUGGACCCCCCUGGAAAUCUUCUCUGUGAACUGCGACCCUAUCAAAAACAGGCUCUUCAUUGGAUGGUUCAGAUGGAGAAGGGACGGGCAAGGGAUGAGACUGCAACAACCCUUCAUCCAUGUUGGGAGGCAUAUCGCCUGGCUGACAAGAGGGAGCUUGUUGUUUAUUUGAAUGCAUUUUCUGGUGAAGCCACAACAGAAUUUCCUAGCACCCUUCAAAUGGCCAGAGGAGGGAUUUUAGCAGAUGCUAUGGGGCUUGGAAAGACCAUCAUGACCAUAUCACUUCUCGUUGCCCAUUCAGGAAAGGGUGGAUCAUUAGGCAGUCAACCUAUCGCUCAGUCCUUUAUUGAAGGUGGUGAAGUUAGUGACACUGAUACAAUUCCAAAUCUUUCAAAGGUUCCAAAGAAGACAACCAAAUUUACUGGUUUUGAUAAAUCGACGAAGAAAAACACUUCUCUAACAAGCGGUGGCAACUUGAUAAUAUGUCCUAUGACUCUUCUUGGGCAGUGGAAGGCAGAGAUUGAAACUCAUGUGCACCCUGGGACUCUGUCUUUAUAUGUUCAUUAUGGACAAGGUAGGCCCAAAGAUGCUAAAAGUCUAGCUCAAUGUGAUGUUGUAAUUACUACAUACGGGAUUUUGGCCUCUGAUUUUUCCAGUGAGAAUGGAGAGAAUAAUGGUGGACUCUUCUCAAUUCGUUGGUUCAGAGUGGUUCUUGAUGAGGCACAUACUAUAAAAUCUUCUAAAAGCCAAGUUUCUAUGGCUGCCUCUGCUCUAAUUGCUGACAAUCGCUGGUGUCUUACUGGGACUCCAAUCCAGAACAACCUUGAGGAUGUUUACAGUCUUCUCCGCUUUCUGAGAAUAGAGCCUUGGGGUCAUUGGGCCUGGUGGAACAAGCUUAUUCAGAAACCAUUUGAGGGUGGUGAUGAGAGAGGAUUGAAAUUAGUUCAGUCCAUUUUGAAGCCUAUCAUGUUGAGGAGAACCAAACAUAGCACAGAUCGAGAGGGAAAGCCUAUAUUAGUUCUCCCUCCUGCCGAUAUGCAGAUAAUUUACUGUGAACCUACAGAAGCUGAAAAGGACUUUUAUGAGGCCCUAUUCAAAAGAUCUAAGGUAAAAUUUGACCAGUUUGUUGAGCAAGGACGCGUUCUUCAUAAUUAUGCUUCAAUACUAGAGCUGCUUUUACGUCUUCGGCAAUGUUGUGACCAUCCAUUUCUUGUAAUGAGUCGUGGUGAUACUCAAGAAUUUGCUGACCUAAACAAAUUAGCAAAGCGCUUCCUUAGAGGAACCUGUAAUGCUUCAGAAGGUGAAGUAAAAGAUGCACUCUCACGAGCUUAUGUUCAAGAAGUUGUGGAAGAGCUACGUAAAGGGGAGCAGGGAGAGUGUCCAAUAUGUCUUGAAGCAUUCGAAGAUUCAGUGUUGACGCCCUGUGCUCACCGCCUUUGCCGGGAAUGCCUCUUGGCAAGUUGGCGAAAUUCUACCUCUGGUUUAUGUCCUGUUUGUAGGAAAACAGUCAGCAAGCAGGAUCUUAUCACUGCCCCUACCGAGAGUCGAUUUCAGAUUGAUAUUGAGAAGAAUUGGGUAGAGUCAUGCAAGGUAACUGGUCUUAUGAAUGAACUUGAAAAUCUUCGCUCAUCAGGAUCCAAGAGCAUUGUUUUCAGCCAGUGGACUGCUUUUCUAGACCUCUUGCAGAUUCCCUUUACUCGGAAUAAAAUUUCAUUUGUUCGUCUUGAUGGGACAUUGAAUCUGCAGCAGCGGGAAAAAGUAAUCAAACAAUUCUCAGAAGACAGCGACAUACAGGUGUUGUUGAUGUCACUUAAAGCUGGUGGAGUUGGUAUAAAUCUAACAGCAGCUUCCAAUGCUUUUGUCAUGGAUCCAUGGUGGAAUCCAGCUGUUGAGGAACAAGCUGUUAUGCGUAUUCAUCGCAUUGGACAAACAAAGAAGGUGGCCAUCAAACGGUUUAUUGUGAAGGGGUCAGUGGAGCAGAGAAUGGAGGCAGUGCAAGCACGCAAACAACGAAUGAUUUCUGGUGCCUUGACUGAUCAGGAAGUUCGAUCUGCACGGAUUGAGGAGUUGAAGAUGCUUUUUACUUAGACCAAUGAGGUAGUGAAAACAUUGUUUUCUCACAGGUGCUCCUUCAUCAUUUUGCAUCACGUGGUUUUCUUCUCAAGUGCUUGUGUAUGGUGGAUAGUGGUGACUCGUAAGAUGGAAGUGCUUCUUCUUAGGUGGCAUGUGAGCCAGGGAGUUGUCCCAUGACUUGCAACGUCCAUUGGGACAGGUCAAGUUUUGGAAUGGGAAGGAUUUGAUGGGGGAACUCAUCUUCUAUACGGGGUUACUUACUUCUAUUGAGAGGGAUAAGGAGAACUCCCAUCUUUUUUUAUAUGGGACUUGAAAAUAAAGCCGAAGGAAGGGGCUGAUCAUUGUCAGAUAAAGGGGAAGGGAUAGAUUAUUUAAUAUAUUUUCAACACAGUUCUUGUUUUGUGUAUGUACCUAUGUAAUUCAUUAACUUGGAGGGGAGGAAUUUUUUUAGCUUUGAAGGAGGAUAAGAGGUCAUCCGUUCUUCCCGUACAUUAAAAAUCUCGGGGGUCAUUUCCCCUCUCCUCUUCCCCUUCUAACCUUCAUUCAAACAAUAGAUUGUAAUUAGGGUUCACUUGUUUUGUAUUAACUGUACAAUAGUCUGAACGAUCUAGUCAUGGUGAACAGAGAUUCAAAAGCACAUUUAUAGUAUGUUUACUUGUACCAUUUGCCGUAGUGGUAUCAGAUGCAACAGUUGUGCAUUUGUUUGUGUUGAACCAAAAA